CUAUUACAAUAAUAUUUCAAUAAAAAAACUAAAUCAAAAACUUAACUUUUAAAAUUGUCAAAAAUUCAAAAUUCAUGAAAUAGUGAGAGUACCGGGGAUUAUCCAAAUGCAUAUCUAUAUGACAUAACGCGAGACUGCAAGACAUAUUGUAUACUCACCCUGAGAAGGAAAGGAAACCUCUAAAAUAUUAUCCAAACCGGUUUUUGCAAACUUUGACCAUAAACUGUUUUAAAAACAUGAUCCAAAACGAAGAACCUGGCCCUUCGACAGCUGCAGCUAAAAAUGAACCUGCUUCGGAUCAUAUGCUGGGAUCCCAACAGAGCGACAUCAAUAAAUCGGGAAAGCCCAAAUCGAUAUUGGAACAAAAUGGCAUUAUAUUGGGCAAAGUCAUUGGUACCGGCAAUUAUGCCAAAGUAAAAAUUGGCUACUCCGAGGAAUAUGGUAAACGGGUGGCCAUCAAAAUAAUAUCAAAAGUCAAGGCCCCUCCGGAAUAUAUAAUGAAAUUUUUACCCAGAGAAAUUGAAGCCGUCAAAGAUCUGCAUCAUGAAAAUUUGAUAACCUUCUAUCAAUGCAUUGAGACCAAUCGCAGGGUUUAUCUCAUAAUGCAAUUGGCCGAAAAUGGUACCCUUUUGGAUUAUGUGCGCAGCAGAAGCUAUUUGGAUGAAACUCAAUCGCGCCACCUUUUCAAGCAGUUGAUAAGCGCCGUUGAAUAUAUUCAUGCCAAGGGUGUUGUACAUCGCGAUAUAAAAUGUGAAAAUCUUCUGUUGGAUGAGGACUUCAAUCUUAAGUUGAUCGAUUUUGGUUUUGCCCGCAAGGAUACUAGGACAAGUGAUGAACAGGUUGUUAUGUCAAAAACAUACUGUGGAAGUUAUGCUUAUGCUAGUCCAGAGAUACUUAAAGGUAUGCCCUAUGAUCCUUUUCUCUCAGACAUUUGGGCUUGUGGUGUUGUCUGCUAUGCUAUGGUCUGUGGCAAACUACCCUAUGAUGGCUCAAAUGUUCAUGUCUUGCUAAAAAGUAUCAAUAGCUCGCUGGUAUUUCCCAAGACACCUACCAUAUCGAAUGAGUGUAAACAUCUUAUUUUACAUAUUUUGGCCCCGGUGAAAAUUCGUUAUCGCAUUGAACAAAUUAAAGAUGAUCCAUGGGUGACUCUGCCAACAACAUAGGAUAUGUGCUAAGAAACAUAUAGCA